AUGGAGACGCCCUCGGCGUCACCUCCUCAACCUCGACUUCGAAUUUCUCGGUUUUCUCAGCCGUCCUUCCUUGAUACAAGCCAACACACUGGUCCAUCGCGGCUUACCGAAUCUUAUUCUCCAAUUGCCAACCACUAUAUCCAUGAAAAUGACGACCACGAGAACCAAGAAGAUACUCCAAAGCUUGCGGCAUCUAAUGUACUUCCUACCGUCAGCCUCAAUGAACACAGGAUCAUCGGGGAAACGCCAGCAGAGCGUUUGAAGGCUCUGUUGUCUCUCGUUCCCAACGAUAGCACGGUUAAAGCUCGACGUCAACUCCCUCUUCCACAAGAACCCUCCUCGACAUCGACGAUGGAUUUGGUCGACUCAGACUCUGAUGUUGCACAAGUCGGAUCAGCGCACCCUAGUCUUGCCCACGAAAGCCUUAAAGCUCUGUUCUCGCGUGCUCUCCGGGACCCUGAUACGCCACAAAAGAGUGUUGGUGGAAGGGCGAGAAGGAGAAAUAGUAUUGAUACGAGCGAGGUGGAGGUCAGUCCGCGGGUAGAGAAAGUUCAAAGGGAUCGAAACAGUUUCAAGGGAAAGCGAAGGAGUAUGAGCGACGAUGAAUUGGAUCCCUCAUUUAAAUUCUCUCGAACCAAUGAUAAUUUCAAGCAUUCCCAAGCUUCAACGUUUCAGCUUCUGCGUGAAAGAUUGUCUGGCUCAGCACUACGGGAUCAGUCGAUCUCUGACAUUCCCUCCAGCAGACAAGACAACAGUCUUGACAAUGACAGUUUCUUACGUGACUUGAACUUGUCUCAUGCACCUGCCACAAGUACACCUCGACAUUCCGCUCAUAAUUCUCUCAAAAUGUCUUUGAAUUCCGAAUUUCAAUCCAACCUCCUUGACCAAGACUCUGAAAUGCAGCAAGCCAUGAAUGCAUCAAAUAGCUACGAGGAAUCUCAGUCCCAUGAAAAGCACAGGAAUUCUCAAACAACGAGUUUGAGCACACCCAUUAACCGAAGAGGGGCGGAUUUACACAACGAAGUCCAAGGUUUUCCUCACCCGUCCGAUAGCAAGUUGCACCAAGUCUCUCCUUCGCACCACAGGUACACGGAUUCGAAACAUAGCCCUUCUCUUCAUGCUUUCCCGCGAAGUACCUCACCCGCGGUACACGCUGAGGCAUCGUCCUCGCGCUCCAGGACCAAGUCUGAUGCCAUGCAUGGACGAGAACACCACUGGAAUCGUCAUCAAACGAAACCCGCAACACCCGAUUUGAAACAUCGACACUCUCUACAUAGUCCGGGGCUGCGAGGCUCUUCGCCUGCCGUUCAUUCGGAGUCCAGGCGUACCUUGUCUCGUCAUGGGAGUAGCACAUCCAUUGGUAGUGCCGGUAGCCUUGAUGAUAAUGCAUCGCAGUCGGGUUCAGUCGGGUCUCAGUCAGAAUAUCGGGAAUUACUCAAACAGCGAACGAUAGACAGCCACGGACGAGAACGGGAAUGGAAUAAAACUCGACCUCGAACAAAUUCCACUGCUAGUGUCAACAGUCUAAACGAUCGCACACAUACACACAGUAUACCUUCUCGACCUAGUUCUCGGCUCUCCGUUUCUUCUCCAUCAUUUCACCAUCGACACCGCUCAUCCUCCAGAACUGGCUCUCCAACGAGCUCUAAUAUGAGUGUAGACUCUGAAUUUGAGCGAGAAAAAGAAAUACAGCAUGAGAUAGACCAUGAACGUGAGAGAAAUUGGAAUUCACCUCGACCUCACUGGGACAACGUCCGGAGUCGUACCAACUCAGACGCCUCUAUCCCCUCCUCGCCGUCACCCGUUCCUACCACUCCUACCAUACCUUCUUACCUCCACAAAUCAACGAAUAGCUUUAGGCUACGUGCUGAGAGUUUAAAGGAUAAGGCUCGUUCACCCGGGCAGACACAACCACCUAGUGUUUCACCGCCAUCAAUACCACGACUCUCCUCGCGCCCGUCAUCUUCUAAGGCAACCACGCAAUCGAACUCACCAACCACCUCACUCAAGUCCCCUAGAUUUCCUGCCCGUACAGGUUCCCCUACACCUCCUCUCAAGAAUGAUUUGUUACCGCGUACUCGAGUACCACUCUUAAACGACUCCACCUUGAACAUACCUAGUUACAAAGGGCAUACAAGAACUCCUUCCACCGCCCCAUCCAGCCCUCAGCGCAAUCGAAGUACACGAGCCAGUCUUAUUCCCACUUCGACAAAAGGAAAAGAGAAAGAAAAACCACCACCACCUUCUCCCUCACCCGCAUACGGUAGUAGCCUUAACUUCCCUAUGAUUCCGGUGGUAGUGGUGGACACAGUAGACACCAACAGUGAGGGUCAAGCGGACGGAGUUGAAUCAACAGAUACUGAUGAGGAAGGAAAACAAGCUCUUGAGAAGACACCUACUAUCAAACCGAGUUUCACCUUACCCUCUGAGUUUGAAACAGAAGCUGUAGCUUCUGUGAAUGAGUCUGUUCCUAACCGCACUCCCCAGCAACACGAUGAAGCGACAUUGUCCUUGACGGAAGUAUAUUCACCUGUGCGUAUGUCCAAGGACGAAGAAAGACUACAGAAAGUUCUCUCCUCUCCGGAUACUUCGGUCGAUGAUUCAGCUGCCCUACAGACUUACAUCACGUCUCCUCCUUCGCCACCUCCAUCACCGCCAUCGGAUACGGCUUCUACUCCUGAUGAACAACCACAACCUUCCUAUCAACCCCCCUCUACACCUCGCCGCUCGUCAUUUAGCUCUACCACGCUUUCUUUUGCAACCCCAACGCCGCCAAAGGGGCUUCCUGAACUUCCUGGCCCUCCCCUACUCAACGAUGACACCGAUUCUGAUAUACCUCAUGAAUUUGAGAGUGUAAAUGCGACCGCUCUCAAGACUCCAAAGCCACCAGGUGCUUGGUCGUACACACCCGCACCUCAACGCCAAAACGGAUUGUUGAGAUCUCAGUCAUUGCCUGAAGUCGAGGAAGAACCGCAAUAUGAUAGUGGCUUAGCGACACCCGUUUCAUCUCUGUCUCGUGCAUUGUCGGUCCCGCCCAAAACUCCUGCGUUGCCCGGCGGAUGGAUGCCCACGCCAUAUCCAAAGAGCGUGCGGUUUGAAAAAGACGAAUCUGUAGGCACAGAUCAGUCGGCCCUUGUAUCAGAUUCUAGCGUGGAGCCAGAGUCUAAUUUCAAACAGGCUUCAGAGCGACUAAGGCAACAGCUUGAUGCCGGACAGGUCGAGGCCAAUGGGACGGUCAAGGCAUCUACGGAAGGGGUUGAGAAUAAUGGGAGCGGAAAGGAUGCGUCUGUUUCAUCGAUAAGUACCCCUCCACCAUCCAAUCCCGGUUCUCCGAGUUCAAAAAGCCCACGUUCGAAAAGGAGAUCUCUUGUCAACAUCUUGGAUGAAUACGGAAGAGAGAUCUCUAACGAAGAAUCGAAACCCAAGGCCAAGAAGGAGAAGCGUGGUUCACCUCCCCGCUCUACUGUUCGCAUCCUAGACGCGAUGGGACGGGAAAUAGAUGAGACUCGAUCUGAAACUAUGACGACUGUUGAGGAGAAUAGUGAACCUCUUAGUCGGGCGGAAGCAUUGUCACGGCUACGUGAGGGCCUUCAUGAUCUUUCACAAGGAUUUGAGGAAGCCCAGCGAAAUUACCGCGAUGGAGGCAUCACACAGGGACGUAUCAAGGAGCUCAGAGCCGAAUCAGAGCAUGCAAGGCAGACGAGGCAACGGCUGCAACGCAGGGUAUUAGACGAGGAGGAGCUCAAGAAGAAUUUCAUCGAACCUCUAAGGGCUAGCAUGAGGCGUAGUAAAAUCUCUGCACCCGCUCCCAUGAAGUCGUGUUCUUCAUGGUUACCCAGAUCAUGGAUCUGUUGGGUUUUCCUGGCCCAGAUCCUGUUGAUUUUCAUUAUGUAUCGAAUAUCCGUAUCCCAUGCUACUCAUUACUUUUUGACGACCUAUUACGACCCUUACUACCCGGAUAUCCAUCUCUAUCAUACGAACCCGGAUUACCCUUCACAAUUGAUGUCGGUCAAGGAAGUGUUCUGGCGUGAGGGUCUUCGUGCUUCUGCAGUCCAGGUGCUCGAUAAUAUUCUCAUCUUCAUCUCACGAUUGCACAACUCGGCAUGGCGACUCUGGGGUACCGACGAUCUACAUUUGGUUACGACAUGGCCUCCAACAUGA